CCUCGCCCAGUCCAGUGUUUUGUCCAUGGAUGAAACACAACUCGACCGUAAGAUAUAAAAUGAAAAUCAACACUGCAGACAUGCUAUUGUUGCACGCCACUGUUCUGUGCAUCUUGUAUGGUUCAUCUGCUGGUCUCAAGCAUAAAACGGUGUGCUAUGGCAAAAAUUAUGAAAUACCAUUUUCUUAUGCACCACCUCUUUUCCAUGGUCCAUUGUACUUCACUCCAAAUGGGGGAUCCAGGAGGCUAAUGAUGGAUAAUGGGGAGGCAAAGGAUCCACGCUUUAAAGUUUCAUAUAUCUCAGCUGUAUUCAAAGAUUUGACAGAAAGAGAUGAUGGAUUUUUUUCUGUCUCAGAUGAUAAUGGCAUGUUUCACGAUGUCAUCAAACUGGAAAUUUUGGAUUGUGCUGAAAAGGAAACAAGGUAUUACGGGGAUAGGUUCUCCUAUCAUAUUCCUAGAGAGGCUGCAUUUUUGGAGUUCACUCCCCUUGACAGUGAGGACCAGCCAAAGGUCCUGUGGAACCACACCAACCGUCACACCAAUAGGGGAGGCAGGGGACAGGUGAAGGGUAAUGUGUGGGAGAUUAUGAACGUAAAUCAGGGAGACAUGGGCCACUACAACUUCAGAAGAAAAGACAACACUUUGCUGUUGAGGAUACAGCUCACAGUACAAGAGGGAUUUAGACAGUAUGAUACAAAGGUGGACAAGCGGCUCCUCAUUCAAAAUCCUCUAGGUGAUGUGCCGAUGACUGUGACUUUUACACCUGAGGGGGAAAUGAAACACUACACAUUGAUGAAAGCAGGCCUUCUGGUUGAAGAUGAGAUGGACUCUAUGCCUUGGACUUUUACACGGAGGAUUUUGGUUGUGCAAGAUGGCAUAGAGAUUGAUCCUGUGGAAAGCACAGACUCUGGGACCUACGAGUUCAGAGACCCGCAAGGUCACCUGGCCCUGACUGCGCAGGUGGUGGUAAAACGUGUUGUUAUAUCUCCAGCCGUUGGUUAUGGUACUUCUAUUUUUGGGAUUUUGUUUGCGGGUAUUAUCUGCCGUUGCUGUGUGAAAAGCUGCUCUAAAGAGAGCUCUUCUAAAAGGAACAAGUCUGCUCCUCGGACUGCAGGUGCACAUGCACGGGCACCUGCACCUGCACCUGCUGUCUAUAGCCAUGAUUCGGAUCGAUCUGGAGGCCCAAUUUACUCUGCUGCACCUGGUUCAGGUUACUCUCAUCAGCCAUUGAAUUCUGGAGGACGAACAUCUAUCUUAACUGAGCCAAUGGUACACAACCCAUUGCAAAUCCAUGUGAGCUCCCCUCAGCCUGAGGUUGACCCUCUAGGAGUGCAGACAGACGAUCCAGCUCCAACACUCGGCUUUGAUUGUCUCUCGUCGGACCCUGAGCCAAAGUUUGAGCUGAAACUGCCCUCUGCUCCCCCCCUCAGUUCAGAUGCAACUUUCAGUGAUGUUUACACCUCAGAUAAACUCAACUUUCUGUAAGUGCACAGAAAGUUUGAGAGUUGCAUUGAGCAUUCUACCUCUACUGACAGCCAUUUCAGUCUUUAAUUGAAAUGUGUGGUAUGCACACAUAAAAAGUCUAAGAUGAUUCCUGAGUACUUGACAAUGCCAACCUCACUGAUUACCUCUUUUUUUUUUUUAAAUUUUUUUACCUUGAAUCUGCACUGUGUAUCUCAUAGCAGCAGAGAGUAGGAGUAAUACAGAGACAUGAAUCAACUUAGGUUGAGUCUUGCGUAUGAUGAAGGUAUUUUUUCUCAGGUAAGGAAGAAGAAAGCUCACUCAGAGCGCCAUAGCUACUGUAGAGUUAAUUGUCAUGAUCAGGAUUUCUGUGUAAUAUAAAUGUGUGCUAUACAUUCAGGUAAUAUUGAAUGUAUCAUGUACACUGAGCCUUUCUCCUGUUGCUAAGGUUACCAUAGGUAGGAGAGAUGAUGUCACAAUGAGGUCUAAAAGCUAGUCUUUGUAGCAGAUUUUAGAAAUUAAGGAUUCAAACUGACACCAACACUCAUGGAGAUCAAACCACUCCAGCUUCUUACCUGAAAGUCUCUGUGUAGUUUUUAUCAUUACAUUGUGAGAAAUUAUAUAUGAUGUUUCUAUUUUCUUUUAUUCUGUAAUAAUGUAAGUUCUACAUCUGGAAUCUUUUUUUUAAAUGAUCUUUUGUGUCUUAUUAGAUUUUUACUUAUAAUAUCCACUUUUGGGAUCUUGCAGGGUCCCUAAUUUAACACUAAGUUUGACUAAAACAUUUAGCUAAAGGUACAUACAUGUACUUUUACUCAAGCAGAAUUUGACUGCAUGGAUGUUUACUUUAAUGAAGUGUUUCUGCAUUGUGGUAUUGCUGCAUUUACUUGAGAAGAAGAUCUGUACAUGAAUUAUGAAAGGCAUCUCUAGUAGUGUGAACGUAUAGUUAGCACAGAAGAUAUUAUGAUUAUAUCCUGUAUAUGUCCAUGUUUAUUGGGCCUUCUUACUCACCUCACGUACUUGCAAAAUGAUUAGACAUUUUAAUGUACUUUAGUCAAAGAAACGUAAUCAUGCUAGAAUAUAAAAUGUAUAGAUGCAUGUUUAAAUAAUGGAAGUGUCCUACAUUUGGAAACUGUUACACACUGUAUCUUUGGGUGCAUAUUUGUAGAUAAGCUCUGCUUGUGGCUUCAAGACACUGCCCCAAUCAUUACACCAAGAAAUCUAUGAGUAAUUGUGGUAUUAGUUACAAAUAUUUGUCUACAUUAUAUGUAAAGAUAUGUAACUGUGUGUUGACUUUGAAACGUUUUUUGAAAGCUAAAUAAUUUGCUUCACUGGACUGUUAAAUCCCUGAGCUAAACUGCAUUUGUAUGAAAUGGCAUAUUAAAUCUAAUCUGAACCACAACAUUUAGCAUCAGCAUACCAUGAAUACCACAACAUUUGUCUGUAUGACAAUAGAAACAUAUGUAGGCAAUAACGUGAAAGCAUUGUCAUAAUGCAAAAACAAUCUGUAUUUAAGGAAUGAUUAGAUCAUGAGUUUAUUCUAGUAAUUUUACACCUUUUUCCUCAAAAUACUGGAGAAGGAGGACACUAGGACCCAGGCAAAGUUUGGUCUGUUAAGGUGAGAGCGUCUCAUGGAGCACAGGUGUGUGUGUGAGCCUUAUUCUUGAUCUGAGAUCACUCCUGUGCACAUGCCUGCCUGGUGAGCCAAACAAACUUUGUGUUUGAAAUAUGAUUAUUUUAUUGUUAAGUUACUGUGGGGGUGCAAACACAUCCUGAGGUAUUGUUUUUUAAGUGUUAAUAUUGAAUUUGUUGUAUUUCUUAUUGCAAAAAUGAUUGAAUAAUAAAAAAAAAUGUAUGGGUGUCUUUAAUAUGCAUUCAUGUCUUUAGUAUGUGUUGUGUUCAAUUCACAGGCAAAGUGCCGGUUGCUGUUUAUUUUACAUAAUACUUUACGUUAUUUAUUCUAAAUUGUUUAACUUGUAUUCUAGUAAUUUGAACUUAAUAAUGUAUGGCUUUGUCUUUUAGUGCUGCAGUUGCUUUUGGCCUCUGGUCGUGGGAGCAGCUGGUGCAGUGGGAGUUCAUCUUGUGGUGAUAUAAUUUAAGGUUUGAUGUGGUGCUGGUCAUAGUUUGGGUGUUUUUCUGUUGGAAAUGGCAUUUAUUUUGUGUGUAAUUUUGAUUAUCCACGUAUAGUAUACUUCCACUGCAUCUGCUUAUAGAUUGGUGUGUCACACCCCUGCAGCAAGACACUUUUUAACUUUUUAAUUGUAAUUGUAAUAUAGCUGUUGGGGACCCUGAGUGAAAUAAAGGCCUGUUAUGGCAU